CAUUCAUUCAAAGAAUUUGUAAUGAAGUUCAACUCGAAAACUGCAUAGAAAUAAUUUCAUUUUUGAUGUGACUGUCAAGCAAUCAACUGUGAAGAGCAAGCAAGUCGUCACGCACGUCGAACACACCGACAUAGCCGACAUUGCCGACACAGCCGACAGAAGCAUAAAUUCAGUUAAUGUUUUACACAGCUCUGGAUGCGAAGCGAGAUAUAAAUUAAUGCACUAAGACGAGGAAUCUUGAAUUGAUGAAAAUAUGGAAAAGUGGAAUAAUGUGGAGUUAAAUGAUCUUUCCAAGAAAUCAUACACAUUAAAUCACGCCUAUGAUGGUAUACCGAAAACAACCAAGAACAACAACAUCGAUGCGAAUAAUACGAAUGGUAGCGAGAAUGGUUCAGAUGCCCCUCCAGUGAAUGCCAACGAGAGUGCAGUACUCAAACCGGGGUCGGAUAUUAAACCCAAAGUUGACGUAUCCAUUGUUGAGGGACUGGUACGGCGUUUAUAUGGCAUUACCACUAGUGAAAUAAAGGAAAUUAUUUCUUAUGACGAUAGGAACUACUACAUACAAGAAGAUCGCAAUAUUAAAAACCCGCUGAUAAUAUCACACUGGCCUCACGGUUAUGUGCUUAAAGUUCUAAAUGCAUUAGAUUCCAAAAAAACGGAUUUCGUUGAUGCACAAAAUCAAUUAAUGAUUUACCUAUCUAAACACGAUGUAGAGUGUCCAAAGCCAGUGUCAAACGUUAAUGGUAAAUACUUUUCAAUGGAACAUAUUAACGGCUCUGAUCACAUAGUGAGAUUAUUAGAGUUUUUACCAGGGAAAAUGUUUCAUCAAGUUGAAAUCACAAAUUAUCUGCUAUUUCAAAGUGGUGAAUAUAUAGCAAAAAUCGAUAGAGCUUUGAAGAAUUUCUCUCAUGACGCUUAUGAGACGCAUAAAACUGUAUGGAUGUUACAAUCUAUACCACAACUACGAGAAUUCCUUUACGCACUACAAGAUCACUCACGUAAAGCCAUGGUUGAAGAAAUUAUAGAAAGUUUCGAACGUGAAGUAUUAACAAAAUUGGACACUUUUGAAAAGCAAAUCAUACACGGCGAUUUUAAUGAACAGAACAUUGUCGUGAAUCAGUUACCAGGCCAAAGCGAUUAUAAAAUCACAGGCAUAAUUGAUUUUGGCGACACCAAUAAAUCACCGCUUAUAUUCGAAGUCGGUAUUGCUAUGACUUAUAUGAUGCUUCAGGCGAAGACACUCGAAAGUGGUGGCAUAUUUUUGGCUGGUUAUACAUCGAUACGCCCACUUAGCACGGAAGAGAAAUCAUAUCUGAAAUAUUGUGUAGCAGCUCGUUUGGCGCAAAGUCUGGUGAUGGGUGCAUAUACACAUACGCUGGAUCCCACCAACGAAUAUGUGCUCGUAACGCAGGAAGAGGGCUGGAAACUUAUUGAAGCAUUGUGGAGAAAUAAUCUUGACAACAUUGAUGAGAUGUGGCAAGUAACUGGCGAUAAAUAUCUGAUACAAAGUUUUAAGUGAAUCAAAUAUAAUUAAUUGUACAUAUGAAUCAUAAUAAUAUAUAGAAAAAAUUUGCUGUUUUUGUCAAUUAUACUUAUAAAUGUGUCAUGUCAAUUAAUAACAUUGCAAACUGUCAAUUAGUCGUUUUUUAUUACGUUUAUGUUUUUAAAGUAUUAUGUACUGUAUACCAGCAUUGCGUUUAAAUAAGAGAAAACUAUGUACUAUAUUAUAAAAUAAAUUUAUUA